AUCAAUAUUUUGGAACUGACUUUACAGAAAUAUGGAAGUUAUGAAAAAUUUGAACAAGCCACUGGUGGUAGCUUGCUGUCUAAAACUCGAAUCUGGAGUCACGUGAGGAAGUACAUGCUGAAGGAAGGCUGCCUCGGGGAGAUCGUAGUUCAUUUAACUGAGGACCUGCUUUCCCGAGCUUCAAUGACAGUAGUGAAUGGAUGUCCCACUCUGACCAUCAAUGUUGCCACUGCGCGGGAGCAUUGGCUGGAGGGAAUGCUGAGGCAUGAAAUAGGCACACAUUAUUUUCGAGGUAUUAACAACCUCCAGCAGCCAUGGAACAGUUGGACUGGCCGUAAGAAACAUGAGCUAAAGCCAAACAAUCCCACAGAGGAAGGACUGGCAAGUAUUCACAGUGUCCUGUUUAGAAAAGACCCCUUUUUAUGGAGGGCUGCCCUCCUCUACUACACUGUUUAUCGAGCCAGCCAAUUGUCUUUUUGCGAACUCUUCAGAGAUAUUGGCAGGUUUGUCAAGGACCCCAAUACAAGAUGGGAUUAUUGUGUACGAGCCAAGAGGGGAUGGACUGAUACUUCCCAACCAGGGUGUUUCAGUAAAGACCAGGUAUACUUGGAUGGAAUCCUUCAAAUCCUCCGAUACAGAGAGACCAUAGACUUUCAUCUGCUGAUCGCUCUGGGGAAGGUUUCUUACGAAGAUGUGGAUCGCUUAAAAGGAUUGGCAGUUAUUGAAAACAUGAGGGUCCCUCACUUCCUGCAGGACCAUGGCCGGUAUAUGGAACACUUAGAGAAGAUCAUGGAAGUGAAUGAACUGACCGACAGGGAACUGAAAGAUCUUAUAUAGUAAUUAGCAUUUUUGUAAAAGAAGCUAAGCUAUUUCUCCUUGUAUAUUACCAGUUAGGUGCAGUUGGCACCAGCAGAUUUAUAAAAGAAGAAUGAUUGUGUACUUCAGUUUUCUGAAGAAUGGUCUUCAAUAUUCAGCUGAAUUUUUAGGUUAAGUACAAACCUUAAACUAUUUCUUUAAAAUGUUUCUAUACCCUGCAGGGGGAAGUUACUUCUUUUGUUAUUCGAAAGAGUCAGUUGAAAAUGCUACUGAUGAACGUUUUUGAAGACUCUUGGUCGAGUUGAGUGAUAAACUCCUGCCUGGGCAGUGAGCACUGACCUAGUGCUUCUGCCAGAGCUCCGAGGCCAGCUCCACCUGGAGACUGGCUGAGUUCCAAAUGGUGUUAGUCAAACUUCAAGGUUAUAUUUUAUUUGAUAAAUAAUGGUAAUUAUUCUCCUUUGAA